AUGCCACCAGGGCCCAUUAUCCGUAUCAACCCCAACAAGAUCCAUAUCCACGACCCCGAUUACUUCGAUCAAGUCUACCACCAGACCAAUGGGCGCACGAACAAACCACCACACGUGGCGGGAGCUUUUGGCGCGUACCCAGCGAUUAUUGGCACCCAGGCCCACGAGGUACAUCGAGUCCGCCGCAGUGCCGUCAGUCCUUUCUUUUCGAAAAAAAAUUGUGGCAACGGUGAUGUACUGAACAUGAAGUACAUGUUUGGGGCGGUGACGCUUGAUAUCAUCAAUGAUUAUGCCUUUGCCAGGGAUCCAUAUUAUACCCUUCAACCAGACUUCGGGCAGAAGAGUUUCGACGAUGUGGAUGGAUUCCUGAAGUUCAGUCUUUUGAAAAUCCAUAUCCCGUGGCUCAUGCGUUUCACUUAUUCGCUUCCUGAUCGUAUCAAUAAGAUACUAGCACCGGCUAUGGCUGACAUCCUAGACUUUCGGUUGUCCAUUCGCCAGAAAUUACACAACGAACUCUGCCCUGCGAUCCCUGAUCCGAUUCAUCCCCCAUCUCUAACUGCACUAGAACACCUUCCAUACCUAUCCGCCGUCAUUGAUGAAGGACUCCGGCUCUACGGCCCCGUCACACAUCGAAUCACCAUCCAACUCCCCGACCGGGCCCUACAGUACCAUGGAUACAGCAUUCCCGCAAACACGAUCAUCGACAUGACACCGUACCGGCUCAUGCGAGACGAGGCGAUCUUCGCCGAGCCACAAGAGUUCAGCCCCGAACGAUGA